AGCCCGAUGUGUUCGAAUGACGGCCAUUACAUUUAAUUAGAGUUUUAAUUUGGCGGUUCCGUCACACCCUCGGCGGGUUCGCGGCGCUGGGGGCGCUUUCGCAUAGGAACGCCGACCCCGGGACGGCGUCCCGGCCAUGGGACGGAGACCGCGACGGUUUCGUCAUCGGCGAGGGCGCCGGAGUGCUGGUGAUGGAGAGCCUUGAUCAUGCCAUGAGGCGUGGCGCCCCGGUCCUCGCCGAGUACCUGGGCGGCGCGGCGACCUGCGACGCGCACCAUGUGGCCAGCCCGAGGCCAGACGGCCGUGGCGCCUCGCUCUGCAUCAAGCGGAGUCUCCAAGACGCCGGCGUCGCACCGGAGGAGGUGAACUACGUAAACGCUAAUGCAACCUCCUCACCUUCUGGGGACCUGGCAGAACUGAAGGCUCUGAAGCAAGUCUUCAAGGACACGUCCCAGUUCAAGAUGAAUGCAACCAAGUCCAUGAUAGGGCACUGCCUUGGUGCCGCCGGCGGUUUGGAGGCCAUCGCCACCAUCAAAGCCAUUACCACCGGCUGGGUGCAUCCAACUAUAAACCAAUUCAAUCCUGAUCCGGCGGUGGAGCAGUUCGACACGGUGCGUGCUGUGAAACAGCGGCACCAAGUACACGUCGGUAUCUCCAAUUCGUUUGGAUUUGGUGGUCAGAAUUCGGUGGUGGUGUUCGCACCGUUCAGGCGCUGACCAGGGUCAGAAGAUGGAACACCUCCUCCCUUGCUUCUUCUUGCAAGUUGCAUCUGAAAGGCAUAUGCCUAAUCUUGGCAAUGCAUACAGAAAUGCUCUUUGUGUGAGAUGCGUUACGCAAAACAACAGUUUUUUUUACUGCAGAAUGGAGUAACAUUUAGAAUGUGGACUAUACAAAUUUUCUGAGUAAUAAGACAAAUCAUCUGAGAUAUCUGGUCAACAUGGAUUUUUCACAUGCAUGUGGUCGCAUGGUCUAUCA